CCGCCUGCUGUUCUCCGGCGUGCGGGUCCCGAAGGUUAUGCAUAUUGCCGUUUACAUGGACUUCAGAACUAGCUCUUUCUAGACUAGAUCAACUCUGGUUUGGUGAUAUCUCUUCGCAAUGCAAAGAUGGCAGACCUGCUCCCUCCCACAGGCGCCGACGCGUUCCGCCGCUUCACCCCGGAAUCACUGGCGGAGAUCGAGAGGCUCAUGGAGGAGAAGAAACGAGCCAUGCAAGUAGAGGGGUACGUAGACCCUGGCCCGUCAGAACCUAGCAAAGACCUAGAGGCUGGUAAAAGUCUGCCCAUGAUCUUUGGAGACGCUCCAACGGAGAUGCUCAACACACCGCUGGAGGAUAUAGACCCCUUCUAUAAAGCAAAGAAGACCUUUAUCGUGAUCACCAAAGGAAACACAAUCUUCAGGUUCAAUGCUGAGCCAUCUUGCUACAUUCUAAGCCCCUUCAAUCUUCUUAGAAGAGGAGCCAUCAAAAUUCUCAUACAUUCGUUCAUCAUGAUUACUAUACUGUCAAAUUGCUUUUUUAUGACGAUGAGCGACCCACCGUCAUGGAGUAAAACUGUGGAGUAUGUUUUUACUGGUAUUUAUACCUUUGAGGCCUCAUGCAAAGUGCUGUCAAGAGGCUUUGUGGUCGGACCUUUUACAUUCCUUCGAGAUCCAUGGAAUUGGCUGGAUUUCAUGGUGAUCAGCAUGGCGUAUGUCACUGAGUUUGUUGAUUUAGGCAAUGUGUCAGCCCUCAGGACGUUCCGUGUACUUCGAGCCCUUAAAACAAUCACUGUGAUUCCUGGUUUAAAAACCAUUGUGGGUGCCCUGGUACAGUCUGUGAAGAAAAUGGGGGACGUGAUGAUUCUCACUGUGUUUGCCCUGGCCGUCUUUGCUCUCAUCGGCCUCCAACUCUUCAUGGGAAACCUUCGCAACAAGUGUAUUCGAUGGCCCCUCCUCAACUCAACUGUGUUUGAUUACAACUCCACCUUGUUUUUCAAUGACACCAUGGGUUUCAGCGAAACGAUGAAUUCCACUAUCCCUUUUGAUUUCCAGGAGUACAUCAACAAUGAAGAGAAUCACUACUUUCUGGAAGGCAGUCUGGAUGCCCUUCUUUGUGGAAACAGCUCUGAUGCUGGAAAGUGCCCAGAAGGAUACACAUGCAUAAAGGCUGGGAGAAACCCCAACUACGGCUAUACCAGCUACGACUCUUUUGGCUGGGCCUUCUUAUCCCUCUUCCGACUAAUGACACAGGACUACUGGGAGAACCUGUUCCAACUGACCCUUCGAGCAGCAGGGAAGACCUACAUGAUAUUUUUUGUGCUAGUCAUCUUCCUGGGUUCCUUCUACCUCAUCAACCUUAUCCUUGCUGUGGUUGCAAUGGCCUACGAUGAGCAGAAUGUGGCCACUCUAAAAGAGGCCCAGGACAGGGAGGAGGAGUUUCAGAGGCUGCUGGAACAAUACAGAAUCCAAGAUCAGCUUGCUGCUGCUGCUGCUGGAAGUCAGGCAACGCUUACGAGUCGGAAAGAGCUUAGUCUCCAUUCAGGGUCACACGGCGGGUCUGCGGAUGACGAACAAAGCGUCGGAGAAGACAUCAUCAAGGACUGUAAUGGGAGAAUUGUGCCCAGGCUGGCUAUCAUACCAGUGUCUUCUGAGUCAGAGGCAGUUACAGAGGAAGGAAGUAAAGUGGAUAGCAUGCUUCAUGUGGAGCAGCCGGGCCUGAAGAACAGAUCGGCCAGUGCUAUUAGUGUCCUCAGCGCUGUCAUAGAGGAGAUGGAGGAUGCCCAGAAGCCUUGUCCACCUGGCUGGUACAAGUUUGCAGACAUGUUUCUGAAGUGGGACUGUUGCGUUCCCUGGGUGUGGUUGAAGAAGUGGUUGCUCUUUAUUGUGAUGGACCCCUUUGUGGACCUAGGCAUUACCAUCUGCAUCGUUCUCAACACCCUCUUCAUGGCAAUGGAGCAUUUCCCAAUGAGCCCAGAGUUUGACCACAUGCUCUCUGUGGGGAACCUGGUUUUCACUGGGAUCUUCACUGCAGAGAUGGUCUUUAAGCUUUGUGCCAUGGAUCCCUACUACUACUUCCAGGUUGGCUGGAAUGUUUUUGACAGCAUUAUCGUCACGUUCAGUCUGGUGGAGUUAGGUCUAGCCAAUGUCCAAGGCCUGUCCGUCCUCAGGUCCUUCCGUUUGCUGCGUGUCUUUAAACUUGCCAAGUCUUGGCCCACGCUCAACAUGCUGAUCAAGAUUAUUGGCAAUUCGGUAGGCGCCCUGGGCAACCUGACCCUGGUGCUGGCCAUCAUUGUCUUCAUCUUUGCUGUGGUGGGCAUGCAGCUGUUUGGCAAGAGCUACAAGGAGUGUGUGUGUAAGAUCGCCAUCGACUGCAAGUUGCCGCGCUGGCACAUGCACGACUUCUUCCACUCAUUCCUCAUCGUUUUUCGCAUCCUGUGCGGGGAGUGGAUCGAGACAAUGUGGGACUGCAUGGAAGUGGCCGGAGCCGGGAUGUGCCUCGUGGUCUUCAUGAUGGUCAUGGUCAUUGGAAACCUGGUGGUGUUGAACCUGUUCCUUGCCUUGCUGCUCAGCUCGUUCAGUGGAGACAACCUGUCCAGUGAUGAUGAUGGUGAGAUGAACAAUCUCCAGAUUGCCAUCGGCAGGAUCAACUGGGGCAUUGACUGGGUGAAAGCUUUUAUCCGGCGCAAGGUCCUUCAGCUACUUGGCAAAAAAUCCCCUGGAGAUGAGGAAGGAGUUGAGGGGGUUGAAGGAACUCCUGAAAAAGAGGCUGUUGCACUAAACCAUUUGGACACGGGCCAGGAUUGCAAGACGCUCAACAAGAUGAGCAAUUGUGUUGAGGGACUUCAGGCUGACGGUGAUGUGAGCCUCACAGUUCCCAUAGCCCAGGUGGAGUCAGACUUUGAGAAUGAUGAUGAUGACAGUGGGUCAUUAAGAACAGAAGAAGAAAAGGAACAAGCUGAACACAUAAAUGUACCGAUCAAUGGCAAAAUAAAGAAGGUAAAGUUACUCUGCUUAAACUAUGAUUCCUCUGUGUGCAGCACUGUGGACUAUGUACCCGAACCAGAGCCAGGACUAGAGGAAGAAGCAGAUGAGCCAGAACCAGAGGAACCAGAAGAAUGCUUUACUGAUGAAUGCAUCGCGAGAUGGCCGUGCCUGACGUUUGACGUCUCUCAAGGCAGAGGCAAGAAGUGGUGGAAUCUCCGCAGGGCCUGUUUUACCAUCGUAGAAAAUGACUACUUUGAGACCUUCAUUGUCUUCAUGAUUCUCCUGAGCAGUGGCGCUCUGGCUUUUGAGGAUAUUUACAUUGAGAGGAGAAGAACGAUUAAAAUUAUCCUGGAGUAUGCAGAUAAAAUCUUCACCUAUGUGUUUAUCAUUGAGAUGCUCUUAAAAUGGGUAGCGUAUGGCUUCAAGACGUACUUCACCAAUGCUUGGUGUUGGUUGGACUUCCUCAUUGUGGAUGUUUCCUUAGUCACUCUAGGAGCUAAUUGGAUGGGCUACUCUGACCUUGGACCAAUCAAAUCUCUUAGGACACUCAGAGCUCUAAGGCCACUUCGAGCCCUGUCACGAUUUGAAGGGAUGAGGGUGGUGGUGAACGCACUCAUCGGCGCCAUCCCCUCCAUCUUCAAUGUGUUGUUGGUGUGCCUUAUCUUCUGGCUCAUCUUCAGCAUAAUGGGAGUCAACCUGUUUGCCGGAAAGUUCUACCGCUGCAUUAACACCACCACAGAUGUCAUUUUCCCCAUGACAGAGGUUAACAACAAGAGCGACUGCUUAGCUCUCCAACUUGCUACCCAGGAAGCACGCUGGGUCAACGCCAAGAUCAACUUUGACAACGUGGGCCUAGGAUACCUUUCUCUUCUGCAAGUGGCAACAUUUAAAGGAUGGAUGGACAUCAUGUAUGCUGCAGUGGACUCUCGAGAGGUGGAGGAGCAGCCCUCAUACGAGAUAAACCUGUACAUGUACAUCUACUUCGUCAUCUUCAUCAUCUUUGGCUCUUUCUUUACACUCAAUCUCUUUAUUGGUGUCAUUAUUGACAAUUUCAACCAGCAAAAGAAAAAGUUCGGUGACGACAUCUUCAUGACAGAGGAGCAGAAGAAAUAUCAUGAAGCCAUGAAGAAACUUGGCUCGAAGAAGCCGGUGAAGCCUAUCCCAAGGCCUACGAAUAUGAUCCAAGGCGUGGUGUUUGAUUUCAUCAGUCAACAGUUCUUUGACAUCUUCAUUAUGGUCCUCAUCUGCCUCAACAUGGUCACCAUGAUGGUGGAGACGGAUGACCAGAGUGUGGAGAAGGAAGACGUCCUCUUCAAGAUCAACUUGGCCUUCAUCGUUGUCUUCACCGGCGAAUGUCUGCUCAAGCUAUUUGCCCUUCGCCAAUAUUUUUUCACGAUCGGAUGGAACAUAUUUGACUUCGUUGUGGUCAUUUUGUCCGUCGCUGGUAUAAUGCUGUCUGACCUCAUAGAGAAGUACUUUGUGUCACCCACCUUGUUUAGGGUCAUCAGGCUUGCUAGGAUAGGCAGGGUCCUGCGUCUCAUCAAAGGGGCCAAGGGCAUUCGGACGCUAUUGUUUGCGCUGAUGAUGUCACUUCCUGCCCUGUUCAACAUUGGCCUCUUGCUCUUCCUUAUCAUGUUUAUCUUCUCCAUCUUUGGCAUGUCUAACUUUGCCUAUGUCAAAAAAGAGGCCGGCAUUGAUGACAUCUUCAAUUUUGAGACGUUCGGCAACAGUAUUAUCUGCCUUUUUGAGAUCACCACCUCAGCGGGUUGGGACGGCCUUCUGCUGCCAAUUCUAAACAGUGUUCCUCCAGAGUGCGACCCAGACCUUGAGAACCCAGGCUCUGAUGUGCGGGGCAACUGCGGCAAUCCGGGAAUGGGCAUCAUGUUUUUCUGCAGUUACAUCAUCAUGUCCUUCCUGGUGGUGGUCAACAUGUACAUUGCCAUCAUCCUGGAGAACUUUAACACGGCCCAAGAGGAGAGCGGGGACCUGCUGUGCGAGGAUGACUUUGAGAUGUUUUAUGAAACCUGGGAGAAAUUUGACCCGGAGGCAACACAGUUCAUAGAGUACGCCAAGCUUUCAGACUUCUGUGACACCCUGCUGGAACCUCUACGCAUCGCCAAGCCCAACCGACUUAAGCUGAUUUCUAUGGACCUGCCGCUGGUCACCGGCGACAAGAUCCACUGCCUGGAUAUAUUGCUGGCUGUCACCCAGGAGGUGCUGGGAGAAGGGGUAGAGAUGACAGCCAUGAAAGUGAGCAUUGAGGCCAAGUUCAAUAUGAGCAACCCCACGGCGGACUCAUACGAGCCCAUCACCACCACACUUCGGCGCAAGGAGGAGGAGGCGGCGGCCGUGGUCAUCCAGCGGGCCUUCCGGAAGCGUCUGCUUAAGCGUUCCAUCCGACAUGCUUCCUUCAUGUGCCGUUCCAAAAGGCAGGUGAGGCGAGUUGAGGAUGAGGAGCCCCCGGAGACGGAUGGACUGCUAGCACGCAAGAUGAACGUACUCUAUGGUAGCGACCUGGACCUGGCAGCUGAGAUGGAACUGGCUGGGUUACAAGUGCAGCCCAGCUCGCAAACACAGCCCUCAGGGCCGGAGCGCACAGGACGAGAGCCCACAGGGUCAGAGCUGUCCGGGCCCAACAUUUCAGUGGUCCCCGUGCAGGUCACCAGUGAGGUGGUGUUACACUCCUCCCCUUAUUCGCGUAGUCCUCAAUCAAUAAACAUCCUGCGUGAGUCAAUUGUAUAA